UUCCAUGCUACUUUCAUUUUCAAUUUGUCCUUACAAUCAGCAUGAAAUUCACGAAUCCGAGGUUGGAUAUAAGAGUAGCGCUGGGUCUAGGGCUUUUUAUAAGAUUGACAAUGAUUUUAUAUGGAGAAUGGCAAGAUAGGACAUCAAUUGUGAAGUAUACAGACGUAGACUAUAUUGUGUUUACUGAUGCCGCCGAAUAUAUGAACCAGGGUUCUUCGCCAUAUAACAGGUCUACAUAUCGCUACACUCCCAUAUUGGCAUGGAUGCUUCAGCCCAACAUAACUAUCUCCCCAUUAUUUGGGAAGCUGUUGUUUGUAAUGUUUGACGUCCUGUGUGGCUACUUAAUCUAUGCUUUACUGAUGUCAGAAAACACAGGGCAGACCCGGUCCCUUUUCUGUGCUUCCAUCUGGCUCUUCAAUCCAAUAUCCAUCACUGUGUCCAGCAGAGGAAGUGCAGAAUCCAUUAUGUCAUUUAUUGUAUUAUUAACAUUAAAACUAUUCCAGCAAAAUGAAAUAGUUCUAGGGGCUGUGUGUUAUGCACUCUCUGUCCAUGUCAAAAUCUACCCAGUGACCUACUGUUUAGCACUAUAUUCAUACUACAGCAACGAGAGUCAGAAUUCUCUACACACUUCAGUUAUACACCGAAUACAGAAAAUGUUGUGGCCUACCAAGGAGAACUUUGUCUUAGUUUUGAUUUCUGCAGUUACCUUUGUUCUGUUGACAGGACUGUGUUAUCAAAAAUAUGGCUGGGACUUUCUGCAUGAGACAUAUCUAUACCACGUCACCCGUCGAGACAUCCGACACAAUUUUUCUGUGUAUUUCUACAUGCUUUACCUGACGGCCGAUUCCCCUUACUCUGGGGCCCUAGGACUGGCAGCAUUCCUCCCUCAACUCAUUCUGUUUACUUUGUGCUCCUACAAAUUUCACAAGGAUCCACCUAUGAGUUUCUUUCUUAACACUUUCAUUUUUGUGACAUUCAACAAAGUUUGUACUUCUCAGUACUUUUUAUGGUACCUAUGUUUGCUACCCCUGGUUUUGCCAAGUUUGACCAUGUCCAUAAGAAAGGGAAUUUUUCUGAUUGUACUCUGGCUCCUUGGACAGGGCAUGUGGCUGUUGCCAGCAUAUUUACUGGAAUUUGAGGGAAUGAACACAUUUCUUUUUGUUUGGAUUGCUGGGAUCUUGUUCUUUCUAAUAAAUGUAGUAGUAAUAGGAGCCAUUAUAGACAGCUAUAAAUACACACCUUGGGGACAAAAUGUCAAAAAACAAAAAUAAAUGUUACUCACAGCAUCUAAAUAGACUUUGAACAAAUAAAAUUUACCACUGAGUGGUUCAUUAGCUUAUACAGUAUCUAUAAAUAAUAACAAUCCAACUGCUUCAUCUUACAUGUACAGAUGUAUAAUACUUCAGCAUGUUUGUGAUUGUCAAAUCAUUUUUCACUUUAUAAGUUAUUCACUGCCUAAAUUAUUUAUUAUUUUUUUACUUAAAAAAAUAAAGUCUUUUAAAAGUC